AUGCCUAUCUGGGAGGAGGGCGUGGACCUAGACGGGGCAGGUACACUCUCGGUUCAGCGUCGAAUUCCAGGACCUCCAGGUCUGUUUAUUGACAGGCCGAGUUCCGGUCUCGCCUUCACAUCCGCCGCCAAUAUUUGUACACCGCCCACAGGGAACGGAGUCAGCGGUCAUCCGGGGCGCGGAGAGGGCCAAGAAGGAGAGAGUCAUGGAAGAGAGAGAUUCAAAGCUUAUCGGACAAAGGAGUAUAAUAGAGAUCGUUGA